CGGUCGCUGUGACAUAACUAGUAUGAAGCAGGUUGAAUUGAGACAUUUGUCAAUAAAGAAGAGAUAAGUGGAAGACGUUCUGCAACAAACUUUGUUAUGCAAAGCAGCCUGAAUGCGCUUCACCGAUGCGCUCUGAUGGAGGACUGCAGCCCGCUGGCUGCGCAUCAACAUGCAGUCUGUGACCAUCAGUGGGAAAUGUAGGUUUGUUCCUGCGCCUCUCUGAAUAUAACACAGACAUGCUUUACUGUUAGCACAGUUUGCAGCAAGUGGGCUUUAAACUACUUGGGUGCAGAGAGAAAUCCUCCCUCUCUGAAGGAUUUUCCUAUGCGGACAACAUUCACACACGGACUUCACUGAGAUCAUGUUCGACUAUAUGGAGUUUCAAGUUUUCGGAGCCGGAGAAAUCGUGGACUUCUACAGCACUUCCAGUCCGUCUUGUAUGUUGCAGGAACAGGAGCAGGAUUUGGCAGCUUUCUUCCCCGAGCUGAUCGAGUCUGACUGGCAGGAGCACCGGUACUCUCAAUCGGUGGAAAGUCAGAGUUCGAGCUCCAGCUUCAGCUCAGAUGACCUGUUUACCCGCCCCGCCUCACCACCUCCACCUCCACGCACUUACAAACCCUGCUUUGUGUGUCAGGACAAGUCCUCGGGCUACCACUACGGAGUCAGCGCCUGCGAGGGCUGCAAGGGCUUCUUCCGCCGCAGCGUGCAGAAAAACAUGGUGUACACCUGUCACCGCGACAGGAACUGCAUCAUUAACAAGAUCACCAGGAACCGCUGCCAGUACUGUCGGCUGCAGAGGUGCUUCGCUGUGGGAAUGUCUAAGGAGUCGGUGAGAAACGACAGAAACAAGAGGAAGGGGAAGAAGGAAGCGGUGAAGAUGACCAUCAUGGAGACAUAUGAGCUGACGGCAGAGCUCGGCCUGAUUGUGGAGAAGAUAUGCAGAGCUCACAGAGAGACCUUCCCCUCCCUCUGCCAGCUGGGAAAAUACACCACAAACUCCAGUUCAGACCACAGGAUCCAGCUGGAUCUCGGGCUGUGGGAUAAGUUCAGCGAGCUCGCCACCAAGUGCAUCAUCAAGGUGGUAGAGUUCGCCAAGCAAGUGCCGGGCUUCACCGGCCUGACCAUCGCUGACCAGAUCACUCUCCUCAAAGCCGCCUGCCUUGACAUACUGAUCUUGAGGAUUUGCACUCGCUACACUCCUGACCAGGACACCAUGACCUUCUCUGACGGUUUGACCCUGACCCGCACUCAGAUCCACAACGCAGGAUUCGGGCCGCUGACGGAUCAGGUUUUCACUUUUGCCGGGCAGCUCCUGCCACUGGAGAUGGACGACACGGAAAGCGGGCUCCUCAGUGCCAUCUGUCUCGUCUCUGGAGACCGGGAGGACCUGGAGGAGCCGUCCAAGGUAGAAGUCCUGCAGGAGCCGCUGCUGGAGGCGCUGAAGAUCUACUCUCGUAAGCGGCGGCCCAGCAUGCCCCUCAUGUUCCCCAAGGCCCUCAUGAAGAUCACUGACCUGCGCAGCAUCAGUGCUAAAGGAGCCGAGCGGGUGGUGACACUGAAGAUGGAGAUCCCGGGCUCCAUGCCUCCGCUGAUCGAGGAGAUGCUGGAGGACCUGCAGAACCUGGAGAAACACCAGACGUCAGUCACCAGUCAGCAGGCUCACACCAUCUCCUCACAGCACAUGAACUCUGCCGGUUUAUCACUCUGAAGCCGCUCAAAGAACUUUUCUUUCCUCCGAGGGAAAUCACUCACAGCUGCAGUUGAAAGGGUCACUUACUUUAGCUAUCAUCCAGAGGUCAGAGGUCGAUCUGCAGAUAUGACUCGGUGUUUAAAGAGAUUCAGAACGCGCAUUAACAAGUAUUUCUGUAAGCUGAAAUCCUGCUUCGAAGGAAGAUGCAGUAAUGUUGUAAUCUCCAUUUUUAUAACCUCUGAGAAUCACUCUCAGCCUUUUCUUUACUGUUUCUGGUUUUUAAUGUAUUUAUAUUUGCAUGAGAUAUCACAUGGAUUAAUUUGACCUCAUUUAAUAACACAUUUAGCUUUAGUUAUAGCAAGAUAGGCAUUGAUCUUUAGAUUUUAUAUAAUAAUUUGUCAAACUCCUUUUAUAUAAAAUUAAAGGGAAAUGCAAAGUUUUUCCCCCAUUAAGGAUGAAUGUUCAUAAUUGGCUUUAACACACUAAUGUGUCUGAGAUGAUAAGCUGUAGAAAAUGAGGAUAAUAAAUAAGGACGUUGAACAUAGCAGAAAUCAGCUGUGGUGAGAUCUGCUGGAAAUCUGCUGGCCUCUUUCAGAGCACGACGGGUUUAUUACACGAGUAAGCUAAUGAUACAACGUUAUACUCUCUUUCACUUUCUAAAUGGAAAAAAAUGUUAUUCCACAUUAUCAUAAAGCAUAUAUAUAGGGCAGGAUAUUAUUGUUAUUAUUGUUUUAAUACUGAGAAGUCACGUUGGUUGCUGUAUGAAGAUUGUGCAAAUACAUUUCCCAGAUUUUUAGCCAUGACUCUGCUGUGGCACAGUGUUGAUCUGCUGCUCUGCGACUCUCUUUAAGUUUCUCUGUAGCACCAUUAUCAGGUGAAACAUAUUUUUGUCCAGCAUUAAGGAGGUUUGUACUUAUUUUACGGUGGGAGAUGCUUAUAUUAAGAUGGCCAACAUGUUUCAAAAUGAGCUCUGAGCCAAAGGUUCAGGUUUCGUAGUGCCCUAAAUUGGUUGUUGUUUUUUCUACUUUUGGCGCUUUAUGAUGUCGAGGAGAGCGGAUAUCCCUAAUAUGGUCAUCUCUGGGAAACAGCUCUGGCUGUGAGCACAGAAACUUUGGUUUGUGUAGGGCAGCCAAUCAGAAGAAAGAGGGAAGGGGGCUAAAAUUGCCUGUUUGAGAUGGUGGAUGAACUGAAGAGCUACUACAAGAUAAAUAAGGAUUAUUUUUAAUUGUGGAUCAUGCAAAGCUGCUCUUGUAUAAUCCAAUAAUCAAGUAUUGAGCUGGAAAUGACCACAAUCGUCCCCUUUAUGGCCAUAAACCUGCAAAACUAAUGGCAUUCCCAUCAGCAUGUGAAUAAUGAUCGCUUUCUCUUUAGCUUAAGGCACUUAGCUGCUAGCAUGGCUGAAUGACUUAGCCCGUUUCUGGAAGUCAUGACGAACUUUUUCUGCACCGUGGGCAUUAUAGUGACAUGAUCACGACAAAUACAAACCCACACAAAUAGUAACAAAUUGCAACAAAUAAUAAGAAACUCUAACAAACUGUAAUAAAUUAGAAACUGAACUGAUGAUUUUGUACUACGGAUGCAUGUACUUUAACUGGCUUAUUCUAAGGAUCUGAGCGAGCAUCCUGUGUACUGUAUGAACUCACAUGUGCCUGUUUUAAUUGUUCCAUUUUCUACAUCUUUCUAAAGUGAUUUUACUUUUUUUUAUGUUCACAUCCCAAAUAUUGCAGACUUCUGUGUAUGCAUAUGAUUAUUUUACAUGUUGCAUUAUUUUGUUACAUCGCUAAACGGAUCACAUUUCAUACGCUUUUCUUUGUUCUAUUAAAGUCUUGUGAAUUAAAUUUCAUGCUGGUGCUUCAUGCUUCCACUGAGGAUUGUUUUUGUGGUACAAGUUUCAUUUCAUGAAGCUGUGAGGUUGUUUGAGGUCAGCCGAUCUUCUCUCUAAAGCUAGGCUCAUACUGCCCCCUGUUGAUUUUUUAAAGAACUGCACACAGCAGCAAGAUUUAGAGUAAGGAGCGCUGCUGGAGACUGCUGUGUGGCAUAUUUUAUCACUUUGCUGAAAUGGGAAAGGUCCUAAGUAUAACCAGGUAAUUUCAGAACAAAUUAUUUACUUAUUUCCCUUUUCUUUGUGUGCUGAUUGUUGCAUGUCUGUUGAUUUUUUUAAAUGUU